AUGGUGUAUGUGUCAACCACAAUUGGUAAAACAACAACUUAUUUUUCCAAUGCAAGUUUGUUCAACUUCUAUUGUCGGAGUAAGAAUCUCGUUGAUGACAUAUUUGGGUCUGGAGCAUCUAGUGGCCGUUCCCUCCUACAAGCUAGGAAAGCUUGUAGAGUUAAUUUUGAGAACUUUAAGAACUACACAAUCCUAACAGGUCAAUGUAAAGGACCAAAAUACGCUCCAAAGGUUUGCUGUGAGUCAUUCAAACAAUUUGCUUGUCCAUUUGCUGAGGAGAUCAGUGACUUGACAACUGAUUGUGCUAAUGUUAUGUUUAGUUACAUAAAUCUUCAUGGAAAAUAUCCAACUGGCUUAUUUGCCAAACACUGCAAAGAAGGGAAAGAAGGUCUUGAUUGUGGAUAUUAUUAA